CACCCACCGCACAUUGCAAGUAUGGCCGGGGACAGCGAGACACAUCUAAAGGACCGUGGCGAGAACACCAGCAUUAUUCGACAACCUUUUCUCAUCGGUGUCUCCGGAGGUACCGCCAGCGGCAAGUCGUCUGUAUGUGAGAAAAUUAUGGAGCUGCUGGGGCAGAACAAGAUCGACCACCACCAGCGGCAGGUGGCGAUCCUCAGCCAGGACAGCUUCUACAAGGUGCUGACUCCUGAGCAGAAGGCCAAGGCACUAAAGGGCCAGUUCAACUUCGAUCAUCCAGAUGCCUUUGACAAUGAGCUGAUCAUGCAAACACUCAGACAGAUCCUGCAGGGGAAGACUGUCCAGAUCCCAGUUUAUGACUUUGUCACUCAUUCCAGGAAAGAGGAGUUUGUCACGGUGUAUCCAGCUGAUGUGGUCCUGUUUGAGGGUAUCCUCAUGUUCUACUCACAGGAAAUCAGAGAUCUGUUCCAGAUGAAGCUGUUUGUUGACACAGAUCCAGACACACGGCUCUCACGCCGAGUUCUAAGAGACAUCAGUGAGCGUGGAAGAGAGCUGGAGCAAGUGCUGGCUCAAUACAUUACUUUUGUGAAACCGGCCUUUGAGGAGUUCUGUUUACCAACAAAGAAGUAUGCAGAUGUGAUUAUUCCUCGAGGAGCAGAUAACCUUGUGGCCAUCAACUUGAUAGUACAGCACAUCCAAGACAUUCUGAAUGGCGGGCUAAGCAAGCGUCACAAUGGCUGCAUGAACGGCCACAGCACUCCACGUCAGCGGCGGACCUCCGAGUCCAGCAGCCGGCCUCAUUGACCUCGUUGCACCUCUCUUCACAGGAAGGAGAGGGGUGUGGGGGUUGCGCUGUAAAUAAUGCCUGUUGGCAUCACUGUAUUUAAGAGAAAAAGAAAAAAAAGAGAUGCAAAAAUAAUAGAAAUGCCUUUUAUUAUCAUGAGUACUCUUGUUCAUUUACUUUCAUUGUAAUUGUUGAACUUGGGAUUCAGAUUUUUUUGUCAGGACAAGUAAAAGAAAAGCUCUUGUUAUUCUUGUGAUGAGACCAUGGGUUUAUUUUGACCCCAUGCAUUUUUCCUCCCAGAUUGCAUUUUGUUUUUUAUUGUAUCCCCUGCUGCUCCAUGGAAAUUCAUGCUGACUAUGAAUAAAAGAGGGGAAACUUUUUAUUUUAUUUUUUAAACAUCUGAUAAAACUUGAAACCCUUAAUGGCUGGUGAGUGAUAAAUGUUUGGUUGGGUUCCAAACGAGAAGGAUGUGGAUUAGAAGACGAGAUGAACCAGGAUUGCACUCUGUAUUUGUACUGACAAUCUUGGCAAUGUUUCCUACCCUAUUUUUUUUCUCUCUCUGUUUAAAGUUCGCUCAUCAUGUUGUUUAGUGUAAUGUGUUACACUAGAAGUCUGUUUACUACACAAAGUGUUCACCGUGUUGAUUCUGUGUAACAUUUGCAGCAGCAGAAAAACACUACACAAUUUUUCAGUAUUGAUUGUCACAUGCAGAAUAAUGUGACCACCAGACCAGUGAAGCCCAAGGCUUGAAAAAUCAACUGACUACUGUAUUAACUGAGUCCAGUGUUGUGGGUAUUGUUACAUUAUUUUUCUUCUCUAAUUAAGAGCCCAUUGAUGUGUAUUGACUGUCCCAAUCAAAAGUUAUUAAUACAUCUACUUCUCUUUGUGCAUAACAGAAAGGUAUUCAAAUCUGGACAUAUAAUUUACAUCAAAUCUUCCCUAAUUUAGAGGUUUUUGCCAGCUUUCACCACAGAAUCAGGCCCCGUUGAAUAAGAUUAAAAUGCAACAUGUAUAUUCUCAGGUUGAUGAUACCCUUUUUGAUUUGAAAGUCCAGAGAAAAAAAAUAAAGGAGCGAUGAGGGUGUUCAAGGCCACAGCAAUAUUAUUUAUGCCAGGUGUGUGACCAUGAACCACUGAGACCCACCACAAUGCCUCUGCUAAGUUGCCUCAGGUUAUGUACAGCAAGCAUCCGCACUAGAAACCAGUUUCAAUUCUAACACAAGGUUACAAUAAAAACUGUUGAAUCGAUUUUUUGUAUUCCAUGUGCUGUAUAUGUUGUGUAUAGUGCAAUUGAAUGAAUGAAUGAUUUGUACCAUGAGAUUUGUACGGUAUGGCUGAUGAUUUGGCUCGGGGAGUUGUUUUUUUUUCUUCUGGAGGAUUUAUAUGGCGUCGCCAGAUGCUAAAUGGUCAAUAAACUGAAACAUCCCAGUG